AGUGCAGAGACAUGUUUGGUUUUAAAGCUACAGACAUGAAAUAAAGUAAGGUGAAUAAACACCACUGCCCCCUGCUGGACUGGAGAGCCUCAACUGCAACAUCUAUCCCCAUUGAUGUUCGGUUUAUAAUAUUUUUGUUUAACAAAUGGAGACCUGCAGGGCUCAGGCACUGUGUGAGGGGAGAGGGACAGGUGCAUGCUGGACUAAAAACUUCUGAAAGUGAGUUAUUGUAGUACAGUCUGCUGGUUUGAUCCAGAAGAGACAGGGAACAGAGAGUCCAAAUGACAGAAGAACCAAAACUAGCUGGAAACCAGCUGGUAUAAUAGGAUGAAUGCAGAAAACGGAGCAGGGAGUGACACCAAGAACACGGGGAAGAACACAGGGAUGACCACAGGGAAGACUACAGGAUUGAACGCAGACCAACUUGCAAGGAACAAAGGGAAACACAGGUUUAUAUACACAGAAAACUGAUCACAAGAACGAGACACAGCUAGAGGAGGACAACACCAGCAAAAGGAGUGAGUUCUUCAAGGGCCAGUUUUCUUUUGUGCAACUCAACUUGGAGAAGUGAAUCAAGACCAUUAGGAGAUAAAUACAUCGACGAAAAUAAUCCACGGACAGACGAAAACUCAUCGGACAUUAGAUAUGGACGGGAUCAUACAUCUUAUUCUACUUCUUUCAGGGCUGUGUUCUCUGUCCUCAUGUGUGUCCCAGCAUCAAUACUUCUUCGUCAGAAAGCCAAAAACCUGGAAUGAGGCACAGAGCUACUGCAGAGAGCAUUGUUUUGACCUGGCCACCAUACAUGACAUGGGAGAGAUGGAAACAGCCCUUAAAGCUGUUGAGGACAAAUACGAUGAUGCCGUGUGGAUAGGACUUCAUCAACAGGAGACUAAGAGGUGGCACUGGUCUUUGGCGGACAAAGAUUUCUACAACGAAGGAGAGCGAGAGUAUUUCAUUUGGGGCAAAGAAACACAGGACAACUGUGUGACUUACAAAAAUGGAAAACUGUAUUCAAUUGGCUGCCCAAACCUUCGCCGUUCAGUUUGCUUUGAUGGAAAAAAAGAUCAGUAUGUUCUCACUCCUACAAACAUGAAUUGGAUGGUUGCUCGAGACCACUGCAGGACUCACUACACAGACCUGGCCAGUUUGAGGAAUGACAAUGAGUAUCAGAAAAUCCACGACUUAGCUGGUACCCUGCAGGUGUGGGUUGGCCUCUACAGAGACCGCUGGCAGUGGUCAGACCAGAGCUACUCCUCAUUGAGAUACUGGAACGCACGCCGAGCUGUAUAUACUGUUUCUCCCGGGAGCUGUGGCGCUAUGUUGAAGAGUGACUCCGGUCGGUGGGGAGAGCUGCCAUGUGGAAAAAGACACCCGUUCCUCUGUUCCUGUAGCCACACUGUGAGGCUCAUUAAAGUGAAGAUAAGCCUACAGGACUCAGUGUUGGACCUCUAUGACCCUGCAGUGCCAGGUGACAUCUUGGAGCAGAUGAGGCAGAAGCUGAGUAAAAGUAUAAAUGGUACUUUUCAACUCCAGUGGAGAAAACAGCCUGAUGGGAAAGUCUUUAUCAAAGAGACUCACCGAAAUGGCUGAAGAGAGAAGAACACAAACAGCAACUCUGACUUUCAAGGGUCCAGUGUACAUACUUAAUAACAAAUUUAAAGAAUGAGUGUGGAUGAAACUCAUGGCACUACCUGAAGACUAAUGUAAUAGUAUAUACAUAUAUAGUGUGUGCAAUGUGAACAUGUACUCUAUGUACAAAACAUUUACAGAUUUUAAUGUGAUGUGCAACAAAUAGAAAAACUGACAUAAUCAAGUUAAAAUCAUAUAUGUAAUAGCACAAUCACACUAAAAGAUCCACAUGGAGCUAGCUGUUUUUACCUAGUAGCCUAGUAAAAGUGAUGAGAAUAAACCA